AUGUCAUUAACAGAGGCUAAACCCCAAACUAGGCUAGACAAGCUACGAGAAAAGUAUAGAAUCAGAAGUCCGUUGAAGAGACGUGUUUUAUCUGAAUUUGCUGCUACCUCGUUUCUUAUGGUAUGAUAGAUCAUAUGCUAAUAGAAACGUUUUUUUAGUACGCUGGAUUUUCAGCUGGUGCUCAAACAACGUUAAGUCAUAACACACAGAAUGCCGGAUCUUUGGGCGUUUCAAUGGCAUGGGGAUUGUCAUUGGUGUUUGCUAUUCAAAUGGGCUAUCAUUUGUCAGGUAUGGCAUGGGAAAGAAAAGGCAGGGCAAGAUAGUGCAAGGCAAGGAGAGGAAAAGGCAACGGCUGGGCAUGGUAAUACUGGUUAAAGAAAUCAAGGCAAGUGCUAGACUGGGCUAGGCAAGGUAGGACAGAGCAAGGCAAGAGAAGGACAGGACAAGGCAAGGAACGGUAGGACAAGGCAAGGGAAAGGCAAAGCAAGGCAGGCCAAGGGUAGGGCAAUACAAAGCAGGGCAAGGCAGUGGUAGGACAGGGCAAGGCAAAGCAAUGGUAAGGUAGAGUAGAAUAUGAAACGAGGGGGUAUGGUAUCGUAUUUUAUUUAAAAUUUCAUUUUUUAAAAUAUUGUUUCAGGAUCUCACCUAAACCCGGCAAUAUCAUUUGCAGCAUGGACAUUUGGAGAUUUACCAUUCAUUGAAUUUCUGCUUUACACAGCCGUACAGACAGUGGCUAGUUUUCUUGGAGCUUUUUUGACGUUUAUCAUGUACUAUGGUAAGCUAUUCUGCAAAAUAUUUGUUUUAAAAAAGUCAUGUCGUUUAUUUCUAUUGGUUUGUUAUUUAAAAAACGACAAGACUUUUUGGCAUUAAAUUUCAAACUUUAGAUGACCUUAGGCUAAAUUAAUAUUAAAAAAGCAAUUUUAAUAUCUAAAUUCCAGACAAAAUCAAUGAAUUUGAUGGAGGCCAACGUAGUGUACUAGGCGAAACAGGUACCGGUGGUAUCUUUGCCACUUAUCCUGGUACUCAUCUGAGUUUGAUCGGGUCGAUUUUCGAUCAAAUUUGUUGUACUGCCAUGAUGGCAUGUACUUCAUCGAUUGUUACUGAUAAACGGAAUAAGAUACCGUCGUGGGCACAGCCAUCACUACUUGGUGCUAUGUUGUUGACCAUAUGUUUAGGGUUUGGACUGAAUGCUGGUAAUGCUAUGAGUAAGUUGGGUAGAUAUAACGAGAGGUUUGCUAUGAUAAUAUUAGGAUAAGGUAGAGUAAGGUAGAAUAGGGUAGGGUUGGAUAGGGUAGGGUAGGGUAGGUUAGGGUAGGGUAAGAUAAGGUAAGGCUGGGCACGGUAGGAUCUCCUAGCCAUUCCUUAUACAGUAGACCUUCAGUACUAACAUAUGACCUUCCAGACCCAGCUCGUGACCUCGGCCCACGUCUGUUCACUUUCUUCGCAGGUUACGGUAGUGAAGUCUUCAGUUACCGUGGCUAUCAGUGGUUUCUCGUACCCGUGAUAUGCCCAUUCGUUGGCGCUGUCCUAGGUCAAUGGGGCUAUCAACUAUUGAUUGGUAUUCAUAUUCCUGACGAUGAUGAGGAGGAACAAGUUGAUACCGGGAUCCCUGACAUACCCAGCACUUCAGUCAGUCAAGCCGAUAUGCUACAACAUUUGGCUAGAGCAAGGUAUGUUAUUAUAGACCUUUAGUACUAUUUCUGUUUUAUUAUGUACUAUUUGGUUGUUCAAAUAAUGGUGUGCCCCUGCUAAAUUUUAAGGUUAGGGGCAAAAAAUUAUUUGAAUAACAAUCUAAUAUAAUAGUACGCUGACGAAAGGGAAAGUCGAGUUUUUAGGGCAGGGAUGAAGCGGGGAACGUAGGGGUAGUUCAUCGUGGGCAUGGCGGGAAACUUUGGUGUGGGGAGAAGGGGGGGGGGGGGAAAAAAAAUUUGGCACAGGAAAGAAUUGUUCUAUUAGAUUGUUUAAAUUAUUCUGUGCUCUAUAACCCCAAAAAUUUGCUUUGAGAACGGGCACAGAAUUAAUUGAACAGUUUAAUAAUAAUAAUUUUUUAAAAAUUAACAGGGGCGACCAUGUUAAACAGUAUUUGUUCAUCCUACCUCUCUUCCUUUCCCCAACCCUCCCCCUUUUUCCCCUCCUUUUCUUUUUCCCCCCUCUCCUUCCAUCAAAGUCCGGCCCUGAUGAGGGAUAGCAACGUAUUUCUGACCAUUUUAAAUACAAAACAUCACUGAAAUUGAUUUCAGAUUACACUCCUUGGUGUAA